GAGCCGCAGCUAAUGCUGACCUUUCCGGGAGGAGCGGCAAUGGGUGCAGCACCAGCGAUGGCUGCGACCUAUGGAUCUGCUGUUCCGGGUAGCGCGUAUGGUAGUUCGCCGGCGCCGAAUGUCUAUGGUGCUCCGGUGUACCCCACUGGAGGCUCAUAUGCCAUGUGA